UCGCAGGGAUCCCAGCCGGAGUGAGGGGAGGGAGUUCUGGUCGCUCACGCUUCGCAGCUAUGGCGCCUCGGGGCCGCGCCCAGUCCCCAGUUUGCCGGCGGAGCCUCAGCUCUUUCCUCUGCUCACUCCGACCGUGAGAACCCGGGCGGCUUCGAGGGAGCGGGGAACGCGGCGGGCGCCGGGGACCAUGAGGAGCGGCCGGACCCGCGAGGCGGACAGCAGAGGGUGGCGCGGCACCUGCUGAGAGAAAAGAGGGAGCGGCCGGGCUCCGCGCCGCCGAGGUGCGGCGGAGGCUGGUCCGCGCCUCGGCCAUGUCGCUGCUCUGUGUGCGUGUUAAAAGAGCCAAAUUCCAGGGUUCACCAGAUAAAUUUAACACAUAUGUGACCCUGAAAGUCCAGAACGUGAAGAGCACAACUGUAGCAGUUCGUGGUGAUCAGCCUUCCUGGGAGCAGGAUUUCAUGUUUGAGAUCAGUCGUCUGGACCUGGGCCUAAGUGUGGAGGUGUGGAACAAGGGACUGAUAUGGGACACAAUGGUGGGCACCGUGUGGAUUGCACUGAAGACAAUCCGUCAGUCGGAUGAGGAAGGGCCCGGGGAGUGGUCUACACUGGAGGCAGAGACGUUAAUGAAAGAUGAUGAGAUCUGUGGAACUAAAAAUCCAACUCCUCAUAAAAUCUUGCUUGAUACAAGAUUUGAGCUGCCUUUUGACAUCCCAGAGGAGGAAGCCAGAUAUUGGACCUACAAAUUGGAGCAAAUCAAUGCCUUGGCAGAUGAUAAUGAGUAUUCUAGUCAAGAAGAAAGCCAGAGGAAGCCAUUACCCACUGCUGCCGCCCAGUGUUCCUUUGAAGACCCUGAUAGUGCCGUUGAUGACCGAGACAGUGACUACCGCAGUGAGACCAGCAAUAGCGCCCCACCUCCUUACCACACGACUACCCAGCCCAACGCUUCUGUACACCAGUUCCCUGUUCCUGUGCGGCUGCCACAGCAGCUCUUUCUUCAAGGCAGUUCCCAUGACUCUUGCAAUGACUCUAUGCAGAGUUACGACCUUGAUUAUCCAGAGCGUCGGGCCCUCAGAUAUCCUCAAAAAUAUAACACAAUAGAUAGGAGGAGAAAAAAACCCUUGUACAGCCAUUCUGAAGAUAAUGAAAGAUGGCAUUAUAAUACUAAGAGUAAUUCUAAAUGUGCAUUUCCUGAUACUGAGAAUUCUGCUCCUUACCACAUUGAAAAGAAGAAACUAAACUAUCCGAUUUUGUGCCCUUACAAAAAUGGAUUUGUGAAGAGCAGCACCUGGAACACAGACUUGGAAGGCUAUGAUUAUGGUCUGCCCUAUUGUUUAAGGAACUAUGGAAAUGUUUCUGGCUCUAACUGCUCUGUCACUAAUUUUACUCCACUAGAUAUUUUUGAUGACUCUACCAGCAGUACUUCUGAAGAAAUUUUAGGUUCCCCCAUUUCUGAUGAGCAGGAAAGUAUGUCACCAACAUGGCACUCAUCCAAUGUCAAUCAUAUGGGAGACUUUUCUGAAGAAUAUUAUGUAGCAAAUUCAGUAUUGCCAUUACAAAGGAUGAACUGUAAUGUAAACACAGUUGGAGAUUUGUCCAGAUGCUCCAUGGAAGAUAUGACCCCUUCCUUUGUUGAGGGACCCAAAGAGAAAUAUGUUGACACAAUGGAUGAGCUUCAGUGUUUGGUGGAAACAGUGUCAGAAUAUUUAGCAGAGAAGGAAGAAGAGAUUAAUAGAUUUGGUUCUCUUUCAAAAACUAAAGAACCACAUGAACACAAUACUGCUGUUGCUAAUGCAGAACAGAAAACAUCUGAGAAUCAAACAUCGCCUUUAACUGUUACUCAGAAUGCCAAGGCCAAGGCUAUAUCUUUCCCUGAGCUGAAUGGGGUAAAGUGCGCUGUUGGUUCUUUAUUCAGUUCACUGACAGAAAAGGUAGGUUCAGGCACAAAGCAUCUUACGACCUCUGUGGAAAAACUAGUUCAUUCAGUUCCAGAGAAAAAAGAAACUCAGAAUCAAACAGAGACAGUUAGUUUGGGACCUAACCCCAGUGCCAUCUCCUUAUUGGAGAAGGACCUUUCUGCACAGCCUUUAUUAUCCUGUCAAACAACUGAUGAUAAGGAUGCUGUCAGACAUGGCAGAACCUCUGAGAAUGAGCACCUAGGUGAUAAGACUAAAGGGGAGAGCUUUCAGGACAGCACAGAAACUAUUAGAAAGGACUCUGCUCCACAAACUCAGAGUUCAAUUGUGAAGUCUGUUUUCAGCAAGCUGAAUCCAUUAAAGAUAUUUUCCGAGAAAGAGGAAACCAAAAGUGAAGAUCAUAGCAAGGUAUCGAGAAGGGAAAGCACCGAAGGGUGUGGUUCUGAGUCAAAUCAAAGUGAGGAUCUCCUGGACAACCAGAGUAGUAGUCUUGCUGAUCUAAUUAGAAGUAAAAGGGAAACUGCAGAUCUCCAAAUGCAAGAAAGGGAAGAUUUGCCGUCCUUACAAGUGGCCGAUGAGCCUUCAAACGUAGCUAGUAGUAUCGGUAAGAAAGGUGGUAUGGAGAGUCAAUUGGAAGGAAAACCUUGUGUAGAGCUUUCUCUAUCAAAAGACCAACCACAACAAAGUGCCAAAGAUACUGUGGAGCGUUGUGGUGUAGCUGGCAGUACCUUUGCAAAUCAGGAAUCUUCUACAAAAGCAUUAGAGGAGGACAAGGUUACCAGUGAUGAGGAUUUCCUUGAGCCACUAAGAAAAUCAUUCAGUCAGCUCCUGUUCACUUCUCCUGAGAGCUGUAAAAAGGAGACGUCGUCAGAAUCUGUAACAAUUCUUAAGCUGGAGGAAGAUGGACAGGAAAGAGAUGCUAAGAAAGAUGGACAUUCAUUUUCAUUUAGCAGAAAACUGCAUAUUCCAUUUUUCAAUAUUCUUAGCCAUUCUGAAAAGCAUCAGGAUGUAAAAGAGAAAGGAAGCAUUUUCCCUCUGUUUAAAUUUCCUCUCACAGACAGUCAUAGCACUGUUAAUAAUCAGAGUUUUCACAGCUCAGUAGCAACCACUGAUAAAGAGGUCCAACAAAAUUGCCACAUGGAUACCAGACUUAGUUCAGUAAAAUCUAGUUCAUUUCCAAAUAUUCAUAAUCAUCUAGAGAAACUGGGUAGUACCGAGGAAUUCAGUAAGAAUGACCAAAUAAAUUGUCCUGAAGAUGUUAAAUGUAAUUCAUUAAAAUCUAGUUCAAUUUCAAAUAUUCAUAAUGAUCCAGAGAAACUUAACAGCAUAGAGGAAUUUAAUAAGAGUGACCAGACAUAUUGUUCUGAAGAUGAAAAACAUAACACAAUGAGGUCUGACUCAACCUCAAGUAUUAAUAGUGAUUUUGGGAAAUGUGGGAGUCUGGCGGAAUUGAACCCAAGCAGCCAUGCAGCAGUAGAGCACUAUGAAAAAGCUGACCCUGAUGAUGUGCUUAAAGAACAACACAUAACUGUAGCGCUCUCAGAAGAAGGUGUGAAUCUUACACAAGUGGCAUUUCCCUUGAUGUCAGACUCUUCAUUGGGGCUUAUUUCUGCCACUUCAAAAUCCACAUUGGUUAAUGACAUUAAUGAAGACAAAGUUGAAAAUGAAACUUCUGACAAAGGAACCCAAAGAGGCUUCCUUUCUGUCAUUUUAAGCAAGUUUGCUUCUCUAGAAAACAUGCCUAGUCAACAGGAAUUCAACUUGAAAAGUGACAGUUCCCACCAUAAGAAUAAUACCUCAAGCUCAUUACUCUCUGGAAUAUUUAACUUGAUAACAAAUAGCAGUGUGAACGAUUAUAAUCCAGUUGAAGCAAAGUUGAUAUCUUUAGAGGAUGGACGUAAGCAUUUAUCUACAGAUGAAGUCCCUGCUGACUCGUGGGUGACUUCUGAGAACCUGAGGAGCCAGGUUGAAAACAAUGUAGCUUCUAGCUUUAUAAAAAACUCUUUGUCAUUAUCAAAAGAAACCAUGCCAUCAUCUGAUGGUUGGGAUAGUAAUCAUAUUUGCCCUCCUACAUGGGAAAACCAGGAGAGUGAAAAACAUUGCCCUUCUGAGAACAUACUGUGUUGUACUGAACAGGAUCCCUUAGAGAAAUCUUUGACUAAGAGGCCAACACCAAACCAUAUUCUUGAGAUAAAACUACAUGAAAGGUCAAACAAGUUAAGUUCACCAAUACAAAAUACUAACAUUUUAAGUAAAUCAAACCAUUAUCAAGCCUUUGAUGAGGACUGUUUAGAAUGGGGACCUGAUAUAAAAGAUUUCUCCAGAAACUCCAGAAGACUUCAGCCAGUUUAUCAUUUGUUGAAUCAAAAUACAUUUCCAUCAGCAGAUGCUUUCUUGUGGCCUGACUCAGAAAAUCCAGUAAUAAAUUUGUGCCAAAAAGAUCAAAAUGCAAAUAUAUUUGAGUGGGGCACAAAUCCAAACAGCGUCAUUUCAUGUGACUUACCAUAUGAAUCAUUCGACCAGUUAGCAUUUAAUGAAGGUUACUUAUUAAGAGGUGAUAUGUGGGCAGCCGACUCAUGUGGAAAUUCUGGUUAUCUUCCAGUUAAUGAGACCAAAAAUUCUUUAGAAGAAUUGCCCAUUGAUUUAAGUUACUCUUCAGAUUAUGAGAAAAUUAUGUGCUCUUUGCUACAACAACAAUCAUUAGGAAUGGAUGAAAACUUGAUCUUUUCAAGUUUUGAUUAUGAGUAUCAGGAGUGGUUAUCAUAUCUUGAAAAUGGAGUUUGGUGGCCCUCGGAGGAUGGGAAUUAUGGAUAUUAUAUGUUUCAUGAUGGUCAGUAUAUAUACUCUCUCCUCACUGAUUCUACUGGGCAGUAUGUAUAUUUAUUUAUACCUGAUUAUUAUCAUGAAUAUUUGAACUAUAAUUUACAAACAGAUGCUCUCCCAAGCAUUAUGUUAGAUGACAACACUAUUUCUGCCCAUAGUCUUCAAGUUCUUGGCAAGGAAGAUAAUUUAUUAUGGUAUGCUGAAGAAGAACCAGUUGAAGACCCUCUUGACUUAUCUGUAACUUUGCCGAGAAAUGAGAGGUCAUUGUAUGUAAAUCUAGAGACCUUUUCUCAAGUAUUUGAGUCAAGUUUUGACCAAAGGGAUAAGCCAUUAGAUUUUUCAGGCUAUAAUUCUCAAAAGUUUAAAAGAGAUUUUAGAUCUUUCAUAGGGAGACCCUAUUGUUCAGAAGAUCUUGAGUGUAUAUUGGAUCUUAGAAACAAGCCUGGAACUAUGAGCAAUCAUACCUUAAAUGGAGGCACAGUUAUACAGAGAGAGAUGAACUGGACUUUGCCUAAAAAGUCAUCAGCUCACCUUUCCAGGUUCCAUUUCCAUCAGUCAUCUUCUGACGAACCUUCCUCUUUAAUUCAUCCCGAGAGUAUGACUGAAAGUUUACAAAAAGAAGAAACCCCACCAGUGAACAAACUGACACCUGUGUUUUCUAUUUUGGGCACCCUGAUUAGAAGUAGUUUGAAUUUUGACAAGAGUGAUUCUGUAGAUGGUUUGGUCAUACAGAAAACAGAUCAGCAAUCAGAGUUAUCUGAACCCAUACAUGAUAGUCUUCACUCAUUAAUCUUGAGUAAGCAAUUAUCAUGUCACUCCAUAAAGGAGGACGAAAGUCAUCCUGAGGAUUUGGAGAGGCAGAUGGUAUACAGUGUUCAGCAACCAGAGUUUACUGACAGUAUAAAGCAAGAAUUCUCUUUACAUAAAAAUGAUCACAUGGAUAAAGAAAGUUUAUUAAAAGCUGGCUUUCAAGUAAGCCAAACAACUCUUAAAGCUAAGACAGAUGUAGAAGAUGUUAAAAUUAUUACAGCAAAGUCCAUUGUAGAUCCUCUUGCACCACAGCUUAGUAAAGAUGAACAUAAGAAUUGUGAACUUCUGCAAGACCAGUUUUCCAAAGAAUCUGACAAAACUUUGCUUACAAGUGCACUGAAACUCUUUGGUUGGGAAGAAGGAUCAUCAGUAAGUACAGUAACAAGUGAGAAACCAGCAUCUGGAAUUUUGAACCUCUUUAAAACCCGGGUGAAUAAGGAAGAAUCACCAGACUUGGAAAAGAUUGGUGAUAAAGGUGGAAAGAUUUCAUCUCAGGAAAAGAAGGAAUCUUCUGGUGUUGCAAAUUUUUUUGGAACCCUUGGCGAUUUCUUUAAAACCAAUGUGUGUCUCAUGCAGACAACUGAAAAUAAGUCUGUUUCUUUAGUGACUGAUGAGGAUGAAAGAAGGUCAAGUCCUAACCCUUUACAUCUAGCGCAUCAGGAUACAGGAAAUUUUCCUCCAUUACCAGUCCCCUCAAAAAAGAAGGUUAGAAUUAGAAGUCUGACCAAACAGACCACCAUUGAUGACAAUGGGCUGAGAGAACCAUUAACCAGGGAGAUGCAGAGUAAUGGUUUGAAUGAAAAAGAGGUACCUGUCAGAGAUCACCAGGUACAGCAAUCAACAAGUCCACCUGUCUCAACAGGUGGUUCCAAAGAGUCUCCCAGAGACUCUUCAAAAGGAACUGGUGCCGUAUCUACAGGAACUGAAGUUCCAAGAAAUAAUAAGUCUUUUGAUGCUCUGAGUAGAAGAAAUACAAAUGAACAAGAUAAUUUUCCUAACCAAGAAUGGAAAUUUUCAACUGCUACACCUGCAUCCCAGCAAGAAUUGCCAUCCAGAAGGAAUAUAUUUUCUUUCUUAACUGGAUCUGAAAAAUCUGAGAACAAAGCCUCUGCAGCUCUCCCAAGGGCCAGAUCUCAAGCAGAAGGGCUGUUCACUCUUCCUUCCUUUUUCUCCACAGCUAGCUUAAGCACCAAGAAGGAUGCCUCUCGCAGCAGCUCUGCUUUCAGUUUGUUUAACUUGUCCUUUUUGGAGGAGAAGCAGCAGUCUUCUGAGGAGAAGCAAAGCCUCUCAGCUAUUGCUCCAGUAACUGCCCAGCCUUGUAGGAGGCCAGUAGUUUCUGUAGACACAGGAGAUGUUAUGACAAAGGAAGAUUCUACCGCUCAUAAAGAAAGCAUAGUCCACCAAGUAGUUUAUGAAGAGCAGAUGGCUCCUGGUGUAUCCACUAACAGCACCACUGAGCUUACUACCUCCCUUGUAGACAAGCUCCAUAUAGAGAAAACCCAGGAAAAAAUGAGUUCCAGUAAAGGAGGAGCAGAAGGAGCAACUGCUUUUGAUUUUCAGGUGAAUCAGUUGCCAGCCAGUGUUGCUCCUCUUUUACCAGAAUUUCAGGAACAAGCCCUGGGGGUAGCUCCUCAGGAAGAAGGGGUUUUCCACCAGGAAACCUCCUCCAGGGACUCAGCAGCUGAGUCUCUUUCUCGUGACAAUGGUUUGAAUGAGAAGCUCAAUGAUCUAGAUGUUUGUACUGAACACCAAAAUGAAAGAUUUACCACUGGCUUAUUGAACUUGCCUUUGGAACAUGGCUCUGACAGUCUUUCAACACAGAUCCUGGAUUUACCUGCUUCUCCAGACCCAGGGCAUACAGGGCUUCUACAGAACCAAGAUGCAGAUAAAUUAGAAGACAGAUCAGUAUUAGGCUCCAAAGUAGAAAUGAUUUCAGGGUUUGUGACCAAAGUAAAAUCCUUUUCUGGGUCCUUAAUUGAACAGCCGAAGACUUUUUCUGGAUUUUUUUCUACUCCUAAAUCUCCAAAGAAAAAUUCCUUUUUUUCGUUUUCCUCUGCUGCAUCAUCUCAGCCCCUCAAAACUGAGCUGUUUGGAAUUUUCAGAAGUCCCAAACCAGAAACAAAUAAGCAAGAACCAUCUGUGAGUACUUCAUGCUUUCAGAGUGGUUCUUCCAGAGACCCUGUAGGAUCAAUUCUUCCAAAAAGCUUGCCUGGAGAAGCUGCCUGUGCAGGACUCAAUUCAGAGUCUGCUCUCAGUGCCUGUAGCAUAACUGUGGUUGAUGCAAAGUCAGAAUCAGAUCCAUUGACAGAUGACCCUAAACUAAUACCUGAAAUGGAGAAAAAUAUUUCUGAAAGUAUUUCAGAACCCCCAUGUUUUGAAGUACUUGCUACUACGUCUUCUGUCUCAGAGGAUGAUAUGGGACAAGGAAUAUUAUCUUUGAGUGAUGAAGGAGACAUGGGGCUUUUGCAGGGCACAGACACAGAGGCCUCACUGGAAGCAGAGCACAUUCUUCUUCCAACACAGCUACAGUCAGAUCCUGCCUGUAUUGCUGAAGAGCUUCCCCCUUCAAGCCAACCACUUCUUGAACUCGAGCCAGAGCCAGAGCCAGAGCCAGAGCCAGAGCCAGAGCCAGAGCCAGAGCCAGAGCCAGAGCCAGAGCCAGAGCCAGAGCCAGAGCUUCUGACGGCCAGCACAAAUCAGGAGUACUUUGGGCUUGUAACUACUUCUGUAGAAACUAGUAUUUCACUGUUUGAUGAGGCAGGAGCCAGUGAGAAUACCACACUAGAAACACAAGGAUAUCAUUCCUGUCCUUUGCAAGAGGAACCUGUGCUUUGUCUCAAAGAAAGUUCUAGUAUACAUCAUGCCCCAAAAGAUCCACCUGUAGCCCCCCAGGAAACAGAGCAGACAAGACCUCGUUUUGAGAUCCCAAAUAUGGCUAGUUGGCCAAAGCUUCACUUCCCAUCCACUCCUGACCAUGGGAAAACACUGAGUUCAAUCUUUAACCCCUCUAGCUCCUCUGGUAACAUGGCAGCAGAGACUGGCUUAAUGUCAGGCUUUAAGAAGUUGUCUACUCUCUUUGAAGGAGCUAGUGAGGGGAAAGGAGUUAUCCUAGGAAAUGAUCCAAAACUGGUUUUUGGAAAGAAACUGGAUCUUUCUUUUCCAUGGUCAAAAGAGAAUAAAGGAGACCCAGAGCAGAUGCCUGCAAAGUCAUCUCCGGUUUUGGUUGUUAGUGAUGAUCAGGACCUUAUCAUCAGCAAGGCUAACAAAAUUUCAGAGUCUUCUCAAGUACCUAGUGGUAGUCCUAAGUCAGCUAACAUCUGUACGCUGCCCUCUGGGACCACAGAACAGUUGGUGGCCAAGCCAAGUGACUGUGCUCAGGAGCUUUCAAAGUCUGGUGAAGUGGAAAGGCAGCUGGAAUUUUCAGCACCUGAAGAACACUGGGGUGAAGACAGCAACCUGUCUGGAUCUGCUCGUCCUUCAGAGAAACACAAGGAAGAACACUGUGCUCAGCCAGCAAAGCAAGAAGAGAUGUCUGCUAGCACUAGCUCUAUUUUGAAUGUGGGGCAGCUAGUCAUUCCAGAGGAUACCAAGGAAACAGUAACCAACAAAAGCCCUACCAGCAGUAGUAGGUAUGGCUCCUCCUGUAAUGUGAGUCAAGGAAGCUCUCUGCUGAGUGAGCUGGACCAGUAUCAUGAGCAAGAUGAUGAUGGUCGGGAGAGGGACUCCAUUCAUUCUAGUCAUAGCUAUGGCAGCCUCUCCAAAGAUGGCCAGGCUGGUUUGGGAGAACAAGAGAAAGCCUUGGAAGUGACAUGUGAAUCAGAAAAAGAGAAAACAGGUGAAUCCAAGGAGAUGAGAGAUGAUGCUACAAUCCACCCUCCUUCAGAUCUGGUGCUGCAUAAGGACCAUGUCCUAGGACCCCAGGAGAGUCUUCCUGAGGAGACCGCAUCAUCGCCAUUUACCCAGGCCAGAGCACACUGGUUCCGAGCGGUUACCAAGGUCCGACUCCAACUGCAGGAGAUUUCAGAUGAUGGUGACCCCUCCUUGCCUCAGUGGCUCCCAGAAGGGCCAGCUGGAGGGCUCUAUGGCAUUGACAGCAUGCCAGAUCUACGAAGGAAGAAGCCACUGCCACUUGUCAGUGAUCUGUCACUGGUCCAGUCACGGAAAGCUGGGAUUACAUCUGCUAUGGCUACACGUACCUCUCUCAAGGAUGAAGAACUGAAAUCUCAUGUGUAUAAGAAAACUCUGCAGGCCUUAAUCUACCCCAUCUCGUGUACCACGCCCCACAACUUUGAGGUCUGGUCUGCCACUACACCUACCUAUUGCUAUGAGUGUGAAGGCUUGCUCUGGGGCCUUGCCCGGCAAGGCAUGCGCUGCAGCGAGUGUGGAGUCAAGUGCCAUGAGAAGUGCCAGGACCUGCUCAAUGCUGACUGCCUACAGCGGGCUGCUGAAAAGAGCUCUAAGCAUGGAGCUGAGGACCGAACUCAGAACAUUAUCAUGGCCAUGAAGGACCGUAUGAAGAUCCGAGAACGGAAUAAACCAGAGAUCUUUGAGGUUAUCCGGGAUGUGUUCACAGUGAGCAAAGUUGCGCAUGUGCAGCAGAUGAAAACAGUAAAGCAGAGUGUCCUGGAUGGCACCUCCAAGUGGUCAGCCAAAAUUACCAUCACGGUGGUUUGUGCCCAGGGCCUACAAGCCAAAGACAAGACAGGAUCCAGUGACCCUUAUGUGACUGUGCAAGUUGGGAAAACCAAGAAGCGCACCAAGACCAUUUUUGGAAAUUUGAAUCCUGUUUGGGAAGAGAAGUUCCAUUUUGAGUGCCACAACUCUUCUGAUCGAAUUAAGGUACGCGUGUGGGAUGAGGAUGAUGACAUCAAGUCCAGAGUAAAGCAGCGGCUAAAGCGAGAGUCAGAUGAUUUCCUUGGCCAAACUAUCAUUGAAGUUCGAACGCUGAGUGGAGAGAUGGAUGUCUGGUACAAUCUGGAGAAGAGAACAGACAAGUCAGCUGUCUCAGGGGCUAUCCGACUUCAAAUCAGUGUGGAGAUCAAGGGGGAGGAGAAGGUAGCCCCAUACCAUGUACAAUAUACAUGUCUCCAUGAGAACCUUUUCCAUUACCUCACAGACAUUCAGGGCAGUGGAGGAGUCUGGAUCCCAGAGGCUCGGGGGGACGAUGCAUGGAAGGUGUACUUUGAUGAGACAGCCCAAGAAAUUGUGGAUGAAUUCGCUAUGCGCUAUGGCAUCGAGUCCAUUUAUCAGGCCAUGACGCACUUUGCAUGUUUGUCAUCCAAGUACAUGUGUCCUGGUGUACCAGCCGUGAUGAGCACCUUACUGGCCAACAUCAAUGCCUAUUAUGCUCACACAACUGCCUCCACUAACGUCUCUGCAUCUGAUCGUUUUGCAGCCUCCAACUUUGGUAAAGAAAGAUUUGUAAAACUGCUGGACCAGCUACACAACUCACUGAGGAUAGACCUCUCUACAUACAGGAAUAACUUUCCUGCUGGGAGCCCUGAGCGGCUUCAGGAUUUAAAGUCUACAGUGGAUUUGCUGACCAGCAUUACUUUCUUCAGGAUGAAGGUGCAAGAACUUCAGAGCCCUCCAAGAGCCAGCCAGGUGGUAAAGGACUGUGUGAAAGCCUGCUUGAACUCUACAUAUGAAUACAUCUUCAACAACUGCCAUGACCUCUACAGUCACCAGUAUCAGCUGCAGGAACAACCUCUAGAGGAACCAGGGCCCAGCAUUCGGAACUUGGAUUUCUGGCCCAAACUUAUCACACUCAUUGUUUCGAUCAUAGAGGAGGAUAAGAAUUCCUACACACCUGUUCUGAGCCAGUUUCCUCAGGAGUUGAACGUAGGAAAAGUCAGUGCAGAAGUGAUGUGGCAUCUGUUUGCUCAAGACAUGAAAUAUGCACUGGAGGAACACGAGAAAGACCGGCUGUGUAAGAGUGCUGACUACAUGAACCUGCACUUCAAGGUGAAGUGGCUCCACAAUGAAUAUGUGCGCGAUCUGCCUGCCCUCCAGGGGCAAGUGCCUGAGUACCCAGCGUGGUUUGAGCAGUUUGUGCUACAGUGGCUAGAUGAGAAUGAAGAUGUGUCACUGGAAUUCCUUCGUGGGGCCUUGGAACGAGAUAAGAAGGAUGGGUUCCAGCAGACAUCAGAGCAUGCCUUGUUUUCCUGUUCUGUGGUGGAUGUCUUUACACAACUCAACCAGAGCUUUGAGAUCAUCCGGAAGUUGGAAUGUCCAGACCCCAACAUCCUUGCCCACUACAUGAGAAGGUUUGCUAAGACCAUUGGGAAAGUGCUGAUGCAGUAUGCAGACAUCUUAUCAAAGAACUUCCCAGCUUACUGCACAAAGGAGAGACUGCCCUGUAUCCUGAUGAACAACAUGCAGCAACUGAGGGUCCAGCUGGAGAAAAUGUUUGAGGCCAUGGGAGGCAAAGAGCUGGACUCCGAAGCUGCAGACAGUCUGAAGGAGCUGCAGGUGAAACUGAAUACAGUUCUGGAUGAGCUUAGCAUGGUGUUUGGAAACAGCUUCCAGGUGCGGAUUGAUGAAUGUGUUCGACAAAUGGCUGACAUCCUGGGCCAAGUUCGGGGCACAGGGAAUGCAUCCCCUAACGCCAGGGCCUCGGUGGCUCAGGAUGCAGAUAGUGUGCUGCGACCUCUCAUGGACUUCCUGGAUGGCAACCUCACGCUGUUUGCCACUGUGUGUGAGAAGACAGUUCUGAAGCGGGUCCUGAAGGAGCUCUGGCGGGUGGUGAUGAACACCAUGGAGCGGGUUAUUGUCCUGCCCCCACUCACUGACCAGACGGGCACCCAGCUGAUCUUAACUGCUGCCAAGGAGCUGAGCCAGCUUUCCAAACUCAAGGACCACAUGGUACGGGAGGAAACACGGAAUCUCACUCCAAAGCAGUGUGCUGUCCUCGACUUGGCCUUGGACACCAUCAAGCAAUACUUCCAUGCAGGAGGCAAUGGUCUGAAGAAAACCUUCCUGGAAAAGAGCCCAGACCUGCAGUCUCUGCGUUAUGCCCUCUCUCUGUAUACACAGACUACAGACACUCUCAUCAAGACAUUUGUGCGCUCACAGACUGCCCAGGGGGCUGGUGUGGAUGACCCCGUGGGAGAAGUCUCUAUUCAGGUGGACUUAUUUACACAUCCUGGCACUGGGGAGCAUAAGGUCACAGUGAAAGUGGUAGCAGCCAAUGACCUCAAGUGGCAGACAGCGGGUAUGUUCCGGCCUUUUGUGGAAGUGACCAUGGUUGGCCCACACCAAAGUGAUAAGAAGAGGAAGUUCACAACCAAGUCUAAAAGUAACAACUGGACUCCCAAGUACAACGAGACGUUUCACUUCCUCCUGGGAAAUGAAGAGGGUCCAGAGGCCUAUGAAUUGCAGAUCUGUGUGAAGGAUUACUGCUUUGCCCGGGAGGAUCGUGUGAUAGGACUGGCAGUGAUGCCCCUGAGGGAUGUGGCAGCUAAGGGCAGCUGUGCCUGCUGGUGCCCACUGGGCCGGAAGAUCCAUAUGGAUGAGACAGGCAUGACCAUUCUCCGGAUUCUGUCUCAGAGGAGCAAUGACGAGGUAGCCCGAGAGUUCGUGAAGCUCAAAUCAGAGUCUCGAUCCACAGAGGAAGGGAGCUGACCAUCUCUACCAUCUCUGCCUUGUGUGCCAUCCAGACAGCACCUACUGCCCAGAUCAGUCAGGGAGAGUUAGCUGUGUAGCUAGCUUAGAGUCCUUGUAGUCAAAUGGCUGACUCUCCCAGUUAGGAUGUCUAAGGAGAAAAUUGGGGCAGUAAGACUAUGGCUUUUCAGAGAAACGUGCUGAAUCCCCAACAAGUAGUCUGUGGUGCUAGAAGCUGGGCUGUGGACGCUACUUCAUGGAGAGGUUUUUCCAUAAAUAGAGAGGGACAGACAUUUCCAAGGAUGUCAGCUCUUCUUGGUAGACAACUGUCCAUUCCACUUCCCACUUCCACCCUUCUCUAAACCACACUUUGUCCAGGUAGGCACUUAUGUGCUCCUCAUUAGAACAUGUUUAGAAUGCCUGGAGCUUGUACCUGGCUGACUCCAUGAUCCACAGUGACGACUGGCCAGAGCAGGAACACACAGAGUGGAAUUCACUGUCACUUGAGCAGCAGGACUGGUUUGUCUGGCUUCAGUGAGAACAAGGCUUGGAAACUGAACAAGAUACCUUCUGCAGAGGCACUGAGCUAAUUCCUUUGCUCAGAAUGGCUGUCAUAAGUCAAAGCAGGUUCACAUGGUGCUUUGGAGCCCUUAGCAGAAUAUUUCUUUGGAAUCCAGGCACCAGGGGUCUUAUCUGCCCAGAGUACUGCCAGCUUCCUACUCCUGUAAGCAGGGAGUGAUGCUUAGAACACACACACACACACACACACACACACACACACACACAAUCUUAUAUGUAUAGACUUGAAGGCCAACUAAGGAUCCAAAGAUAUUUUCUUGAGUAGUCCCUGAACAAAGCCAAAAAUAAUGGAAAAUGGUCUAGAAAGAAUUGUUCUCACCUAUGGUCACAACCUUCCGGCUGUCGUCCUUGCAGAAAACAUCUAGUCUUUGGCCUUCCUCUUUUCUUUGUGAUCAGCUGCUGUUCCCCACGGAUUGGCCAAGCAUAAAGGAGGAGCUUGGACUAUGAUUCCUCUGUAUGCAUUGGAUGGAGGGGACCUGAGGGCUUGCUGGAAGGUCAGAAACAAACCCUUUCAGCAGGUCAGAUGAGCUUCCUGGACCCUUGCUCAGAAACGUGACUUGAUCUUUGGAUUUCCUGAUAGUAGCCUGAAAUUGCUAAGGACUCUACAUUGUCCACAAUGCGCCAGUCAACACACGAAACAAACCAAGCAUCUUUGCUGUUUUUAAUUAUUAUAUGUGCCAUUAUUAUGGGAAAUUAUAGGGUAGACUUUAAUAAAUUAUCUUAUAGCAGC